GCUGGCUUUGCAGAUGGGUCGGUGAUGGUUUAUGACGUCAGGAGCCUUCAUCCCCAUUUGCCAUUUCAUCUACUAUGGAUGGCAAGCAUAUAUUACCGGUAACACAGGUAAAGUGGAUUCGGACACAGCCUAGAGAAGAAGUAUGUCUUUUUUCCUCGGCAUUAGAUGGACGCGUUACUCAGUGGCAUUUGCAUAAUAAUAGCCUCGUCCAUAUCAAUAUCUUAGACUUCAAAAACUACGAGUUGCUUGCGAAACCCCUUCCACCCCCGGAGAAAAUAACUCUAGAAGGACUGGUGACCUGCAUAGCAUUCUGUCCGAACACCGAACAUGUGAUUCUAGUGGGCGUGGACACGGGUGCUUUAUACCAGUGUUCCAUAGUCUGCUCUGUUCACACUCUGGUUCGCUAUUCUGCUCAUACCUCACCAGUUAGGGGACUUGCUUGGAACAGUCAUCACAGCCAGAUAUUUUUAUCUUGCUCAGUUGACUGGACGGUAAAGGUCUGGCUGCAACACAAAAUGUAUGUAUACAAAUUUUUGUGAGAUUUACUAUCCUUGUGUGACUGGUGGGCCAACAUGAGCCUAUCUAUUUGCAGAAUAUGUUCAAGUGGU